AUUAUUUUAUUUAAAAUGUUUUUACAGCGCGUGACAAGUGCUUAUUAAUCUUAAGAGUGGAUAAGCCUUUGCUAUUUUUAUCAUUUUAUUAAUGACAAAAAUUUCAAUUUCAAAAGGGGUACAUGCUUUUUUUUCGAAACUACGCGGGUUCGUGACGACAAUAUGUCAUGUAUUAUCGUAUCGUGUUACGGCGUGACAGCUAACCUUCCUGAACGAUAAGCUGUUUAUUAUGCCUUCGGAUCAAGUCUCGCGUCAGUAUAAGUUGGCAUCGAGUUCAAAGUACGCCUCGCGUCAAACUAACCUAAAUCUCUUAUCUCGAAUUUCAUAUUUACAAGAUAGUGUCGUGACAAAAUGAUAGUAACCUCAAGAUUCGUAGUAAAAAACGGCUCCGCCGUAUCUCAGGGAAAGUAUAUUGCAAGAACGUUAUCCACCGAGAAGAAAUAUGUCAAGACAACUGAAAAAAAUGGGGUCAGAACCAUCAGUUUGUGCGACUCUUCUUCGCGCAACUCUUUAUCAUUGGAGAUGCUGAAAACUUUAGUAACAGAAGUAAAAAAGGACGAGAAUAAUAAAGACCUUCGAUCGAUCGUAUUGACGUCCGAGCCAGGAAAGGUGUUCUCCGCUGGACACAAUCUGAAGGAACUGGUUCGUAACGUUUGCGAGAUGGGUGCGAAUGCUGAGUCCCACAAGGACGUGUUCGAGAUCUGUUCGGAGCUGAUGCGGGCCAUCAGUCAAAGCCCAGUGCCGGUGAUCGCAGCGGUGGAUGGUUUGGCAGCCGCAGCCGGUUGUCAAUUGGUCGCGGCAUGUGACAUCGCAGUGUGCACAGAAAGAAGUUCAUUCUCCACUCCAGGGGCAAAUCUCGGGAUAUUUUGCUCGACGCCGGGUAUACCACUAGUGCGCAAUAUGCCAAGGAAGAGUGCAAUGUACAUGCUUUUUACGGGAUUCUCCAUUUCCGGAAAAGAAGCUUACGAAUGCGGUCUCGUUAGCAAAGUCGUGGCAAACGACAAGCUCGAAGAGGAAGUUCGUCGAAUUACAGAUGCAAUCAACACAAAGAGUCGUUCUGUUGUGCAUAUAGGUAAAACGUUUUUAUAUGAGCAAAUGACUCUUGAUAUAUCGACAGCGUAUACCCGGGGUACCGAGAAAAUGGUGGACAAUUUGAAAAUGAGAGAUGCACAGGAAGGAAUACAAAGUUUUCUAGAAAAAAGAAAGCCAAAUUGGUCACACGAAAAUAAUUAAUUACAUCUAUGUAAUGUUUUUAUAUUGUAAAGCUUUUUUUAUAAUUGAUAUAAAACUUUUUUGUGUAAUUUCAAUAAUAAAACAAUUUCAAAAAUAUUUUGUAAAACACAUCUCUUUAAAUAACGUCCAUAGUUUAAGGUCAAUUGUUCCAACUUUUUAGUGAUAGGUAGACUUACCUAUCAGCUAAAUAUAUGUUUGUCUUUAUUUAUUUAAGAAAAGAAAUGAAGAUAGACACAUGCUUACCUGGUAGGUAAAUUUUUUUUGAAAGAAAUUGGAACAAUCGGCCCUUAGUCUAUUAGAUACACAAAAAAAUUAUUGUAAAUAUGAUGAAAGCAUUACAGAAUCGAAGAUCAAAUAAUGUUGUCAUAAAACACCACCAAAAAUCAUGGAAAGAUUAUUUAAGUUUUUAACGUACAACAAUUUUAAGAACUUCCAGUUUAUUAUAAAAAAUGCAACCUAAAUAAUUACACUUAUCAAUAUUUUUUUUAUUUCAAUACAUUUGAGCCAUAAAGAUUUCUAAACCACUAAAAAGUUUACGGAAUUUUUAUGUUACCUUUUGUUGUAAAUUUUUUACAAUUUUCAUAGAUGUAAUAAUAAAAAGUUAUCAAUAAAUCUGAAUUUCUGUCGAUAAAUAUUUGGAUGUAAUUAUUUAACACAAGUUUCUUAAUCGAAACAAAAUCGUUUUGUUUUAAAAGAAUCAAAAUCUUAGCGGUUAUUUUCUAAAUUGUAAUUUUCUAUCAUUAUUUAAAUCGCUCUUUAGGUUUUUAGAUCUUUAAAUUGUAUAAGAUAUAAUAAUUCAAUUUUGUGUAAUAUGAUAAAAAUAAAUAAUGUUAUUGCACAAAAAAAUUUUAAUCAAAGUCAACAAAGCUCAUGAGAUAAACUCAAAAAAGAAAAUGCACACGUGUCAUUUCCCUCAUAUUGCAUUUAAUAAAUAAGUUUGAUACAAUUACUAAUCAUAAGAAAGAAAUGCUAAUCGAUAUUAAUUUAAUAUUGAUUAAGAAUAAUAACUUGAUUAUUUGGUUAAAAUAAAAUUUUUAUUAAAAAGAAA